AUGUAUCACCGAUUAGCUACAGCUCUUACAAGUCAAACCUCAUCUACAGUUAAAGUCUACCCUCAGCUUGGUCUUCCUCUACGUCGUCUCUCAGCCACCAACUACCAGGUUCACCAUCAAACGUCACAGUUCACCAUCAAACGUCACAGUUCACCAUCAAACAUCACAGUUCACCAUCAAACAUCACAGUUCACCAUCAAACGUCACAGUUCACCAUCAAACGUCACAGUUCACCAUCAAACGUCACAGUUCACCAUCAAACAUCACAGUUCACCAUCAAACAUCACAGUUCACCAUCAAACAUCACAGUUCACCAUCAAACAUCAUAGUUCACCAUCAAACGUCACAGUUCACCAUCAAACAUUACAAUUCACCAUCAAACGUCACAGUUCACUUUCACAAUCAAACAUCACGGCUCCCCAUCACCAUCAAACAUCACAGUUCACCAUCACCAUGAAACAUCAGUUCACCAUCAAACAUUACAGUUCACCAUCACCCUCAAACAUCACAGUUCACCAUCACCAUGAAACAUCAGUUCACCAUCAAACAUUACAGUUCACCAUCACCCUCAAACAUCACAGUUCACCAUCACCAUGA